AUGUCAAACUCAACAUCCACUCCUCCUGAUCCUUCGGAUACUACUGCAGCCCUUCGUCCGGACGAUAUCGAUCAACAAGAACUUGCGAACUUUGAUAUGAAACACGAUGAUCCUGAUCCUCAGCAAAUGCUGUUAUCUUCAGUGGAUACCUUACACGUUCCUGCUGCCAUUCCAUUAGCCUCUUCAACCCCAUUCCAACAGCCAGCUGUAUACUUGCAGCAGAGUCGACCAGAUACACAUACCAUCCCACUGAACAAACGAAAAAAUGCCGAUGAUACUAAUGAGUCAGAAGAAAAUGGACGUAAUAUUUACAGAUACCAUAAGAAGAUCUAUGGAAAACCAGUUUAG